AUGCCCAGAACCCCAGGAGCCGGUGCUCCGUAUAGAAGGGGAAGGGUCCCGGUGAACAAUGACUACCAUUCGUACGACGACGAUGAGGAGGACGAGGACGAAGAGGAAGAGGACGACGACAGUGAGGAGGAGUCUCCCCUAGCCAGGCGGCGGCAGCAGUCUUCCAUUCGACACCGUAGCCGCAGCACCGCCCCUCACUCGAGGACGCGGCCGGUCUACGAGUCGAGGCGGUCGUCGAGAUAUUCGCGGUCUGAAUCGGAGUCGGAUUCGGAUGAGGACUCGGAAACGAGCGACUCAUCGGAGGAGGAGAAGCGGGAGACACAGCGAGAACGAGAAAGGCGGGCGCGGGAGCGGGAGAGGUACCAAAAGGCAGCACGCCAUACCCAGACCAUUGUCGAACGGCGAACGCCCCCAUCAGCCGACAAUACACCAAAGCGCCGUAGAAAGAUUAAGAAGAUCAUCUACAUGGAGGAGGACGGCUCUACGGAGCCCACGCCGCGGCAAUCCUUGGGCGACCUCAGCCGCUCGUCCUCGCGACACCGCUCCCACCCGUCGUCCUCGCGUCCAACGUCCGAGAGACACUACCCCAGACAGCAUUCCUAUAGUCCUGUGAGGAGAUCAAGCCGCCAUCACUCGUCGGCGAAAACGUACGAGAUCUCUCAGCCUCCCAGCGCCACCAAGAGGCUGGCAUACGAGAUACUCCCGGAUAGGGGUCGUCUUGAUGUGACUCCCAGUAGGCAUUCCAGGAGACACCAGUCUCAGGUUGUGUACCCAGAGACGCGGUCGAUCCGCCGCUCCAACACCGUAUCGGGGGCAUCGCAUGUCACGUCGCACACGCGAAGCACGACCUCGUCGAAUAGGCCGUCGUCUACUUUUGUGGGAAACGUGCUCACGGGGAGCACCGUUUCCCGCUCGUCAGAGAAGCCAGCGAGGGUCGAGUGUCUUGCGUGUAUGGAAGAAUUCCAGCCGAGUAGAAUCGCAAAAUUCAAGUGCGGUCAUCGAAUGUGUGAUCAGUGCCUCAGAAGACAGUUUAAACUCUCCACCACCGACCCACAGCACAUGCCUCCAAAGUGCUGCACCGCAAACAUCCCCUUGAAGCACGUGGACCACUUGUUCUCGGCCGACUUCAAGAAGAAGUGGAAUAGAAAGUUUUCAGAGUUUACAGCGGCCAACCGCAUCUACUGCCCGUCGAGAAGGUGCGGCGCGUGGAUCAAGCCCGAAAACUUCCGCAAUGAAGGGGGAGGUCGCCAGUCCGCCAAAUGCGGCCAUUGCAAGGUCAAAGUGUGCUGCUCCUGCAACGGCAAAUGGCAUUCGUCGAGGGAGUGUCCCAGUGACGAAGAGACGACGAGGUUUCUGGACCACGCCAAGGGCGAGGGAUGGAAAAUGUGCUACAAGUGCAAUCACAUGGUUGAGCUCAAGGAGGGCUGCAACCACAUGACAUGCAUUUGCGGAGCGCAGUUUUGCAUGGUGUGCGGCACCAAAUGGAAGAGCUGCGAUUGCCCUUGGUUCAACUACGAGACGGCGGACGCGGAGCGGCUUAACGAGAUGCAUCUGCCGUUGGCGAUGGGCCGAAUGGAGCGGCCGGGGCUGGGCACCGAGACCCCGAGAAGCGCGAGAAGCAUUCGAUCAGCCGACGUAGGGCACACGACGCCUCGUUCGCGAUCCCAAGAGUACGAUAACAGACUGAUGCGGAGGUUCCAAGAGAACCGCGACGAAGACCUCGCGAGGACGAUGCAGACGUACGAGCUCGACGACGCGUAUGACCGAGGGUACGGAGACCUCGUGAGCAUGGGCAACACGGCGGGCCAUUAUCUGAACGAAGACUAUCGCAGAGAGCCCGACGUAUUCGCAUCCGCACCCGUGCCGCCUGCACCAACGCCACCGGCGGCGUUUGAGCGACCGCCGCCAACGGACUACAUGUCGGGUGUCAACCGGGCGAGAGGCCUCCCCCAGGAUCCUCUGGGGCAGCGAUUGGCUGAGCGGUUCUCCGAGUCGCGUUCGAGUCCAGGUGGUCCCCGGCCGGGUAUGAUGCCGCCGCCGCCGCCACUGCCACCGCUCGCGGCCAUGACAGCUCCCAUCAUGGGUCCUCCCCCUCCCAUGAUGGGGCCAAUGGCCAUGGGCCCGCCGCCCCCGAUGCCGCCGCCGCUGCCGAUGCUGAGACGGCACACGAUGGAAGAGGAGUUAUACGCAAGCGUCAGAUCGAUGCGGCCGUCCGAGCGGGUGGCGCCGGGGCGGAUGAUACACGACUACGAGAUGGAGGCGGCGGCGCACGCGCACACCCCCCGGAGCCGGAGACGAAUGCGAGAGGAGCCCAAGUCGUCGACGCUCGCCGGGCUCACGGGCAUUGGCCGCGGCGUGAACCGGGUGCAUGAAUGGCGAAACUACGUGUGGCCUGGUAGGCCUGAGGAUGAACACGCGGCCGUAGCGUGA